GCUCGCCCGGAAAUGGGAGUGCAGGCGGGCGCGUGCAGCUAGGGCCGCGCCGGAAAGGCGGCGGCAAGGGAGGCCCCGCAGGCCCCGCCCCCAGAACUUAAGCCGCCGGGGCAGCUUCCGCAGACCCCAUUGCACGCCCGGCCGACCGCGCCCUUGCACACCGUCUGCGCUCCCUCUCCGCGCCCGCCGACCGCCGACAGCCAGAGCCACCCGCACGCUCGUCUCGUGUUCUCCCUGCGGCCCGGACACAUAGUAUGACCUUUAGGUGUUCCGUCUCCCGGCCAUUUUCUAUGGGAAACCAACAGGACCGGACCAUGAAAGCUACUGGCAGCUUUGAAGAAUGGGACGCCUUUAGAGAAGCUUGAUCUUGGAGGCCUCGGCGUGAGACCUUACAGAGCCGGAGUUAGCUGUUACCGCCUCUGCAGUUUGACAGUAUGUCCUGCAAGCCCCAGUGCAGCUUGAAUCACCUGCCUACUCCCUGUGCCAGACAGUCAGCCCCUUUUAGGAUUCCGGCAGAGUUCCUCUAUCUCGUCUUGUUGCUGGUUGAAGGUGCCCCCUUCUCCAACUUUUCUUCAUCUCCUGGAAGACAGCAGAAAAUUGGCAUCAUGGUUGGGUUUAAGGCCACAGAUGUGCCCCCUACUGCCACUGUGAAGUUCCUGGGGGCUGGCACAGCUGCAUGCAUUGCAGAUCUCAUCACCUUUCCCCUGGAUACUGCUAAAGUCCGGCUGCAGAUCCAAGGAGAAAAGCAGGGGGCAGUGCGAGCUGCAGCCAGUGUCCAGUACCGCGGCGUGCUGGGCACCAUCCUGACCAUGGCGCGCACCGAGGGUCCCCGCAGCCUCUACAAUGGGCUGGUCGCCGGCCUGCAGCGCCAGAUGAGCUUUGCAUCUGUCCGCAUUGGCCUCUAUGACUCUGUCAAACAGUUCUACACCAAGGGCUCUGAGCAUGCCGGCAUCGGGAGCCGCCUCCUGGCAGGCAGCACCACAGGUGCCCUGGCUGUGGCUGUGGCCCAGCCCACGGAUGUGGUAAAGGUCCGGUUCCAGGCUCAGGCCCGGGCUGGAGGUGGCCAGAGAUAUCAAAGUACUGUUGAUGCCUACAAGACCAUAGCCCGAGAGGAAGGGUUCCGGGGACUCUGGAAAGGGACCUCUCCCAAUAUUGCCCGUAAUGCUAUUGUGAACUGUGCUGAAUUGGUGACCUACGACCUAAUCAAGGAUGCCCUCCUGAAAGCCAACCUCAUGACAGAUGACCUUCCUUGCCACUUCACUUCUGCCUUCGGGGCAGGUUUCUGCACCACCAUCAUUGCCUCCCCUGUCGACGUAGUCAAGACGAGAUAUAUGAACUCUGCCCUUGGCCAGUACAGCAGCGCUGGCCAAUGUGCCCUCACCAUGCUCCAGAAGGAGGGUCCCCGAGCCUUCUACAAAGGGUUCAUGCCUUCCUUCCUCCGUUUGGGUUCCUGGAACGUGGUGAUGUUUGUCACCUAUGAGCAGCUGAAACGGGCCCUCAUGGCUGCCUGCACUUCCCGGGAGGCUCCCUUUUGAGCCUCUCCUGCUGCCAACCUGACCACCUCUGGCUUGGCUUCAGCUCUAGCCAGGCCCUCCUUUUCCUCUUCCCCUCCUUCCCAUCCCUCACUCCCUACCCUCUCCUCCCAUUUCUACCAUCUCCCUUCCCUCUCCCCACAUUUUUACCUCUCCUCCCUACCUCAUCUCCCCAUUGCCUCUCAGUCCUGGUGGAAUUGACCCCAAUUGUCACCAACCAGGAUCCCAAGCCCCUCAGACCCUUGAGAAGUUCAGCCCAUCUCUUUAUCUUGUUCCCAAGCUAAGCCAGCACGUCAUCCAUAAAACAAGCUCAAUCUUGG